AUGGCCCGUGCUGGGCGGGGCAGGCCAGUGGACCGCCUUUGCCAGGCUGCGCCUUUGCCCGGGGAUGCUCCGGGAGCGGGGCGGAUCGGCUUCUUCCUGGGCUCCUCCCGCUGCCCCGGCGCCUCGGCCACGUCUGAAAGCGGCUCAUUGUCUCUGUCGGCAGCUCGGAGCCGCGGCGGUGGCGGGAGGCGGCGACAAGGUGAAGGUGACAUGCUGAUCGGAAGCAUUUGUCAGUAUUUCUUAGCUGCAACAGUUGCUACAAGUGAGGCACACAGCGCGCACCUCAGCCCAAUCGUCCUCGGACUGUUUGAAUUUGCGGACGCUAUUGUACCGGUGCAGACAGAGUCUCGACUUUUCUCAUUGCCCUUCCUCGGUGAGAAUGGCAAGGAUUCGGAUUCCUAGCACAAUUGUUAUCAUUUUUAUUACAGUUCAGACUGGAUUCUUACUCUUCAUGUAUGCCCGGUACAGUAGCUUCACACCUCAGUCUGAGGAGAAGCCAUCACAAGUCCACGUACUUAUUCUCUCCUCUUGGCGGUCGGGAUCUUCUUUUGUUGGUCAACUUUUCAGCCAGCAUCCCAGUGUCUUCUACCUGAUGGAACCUGCAUGGCAUGUUUGGGUUACAAUGUACCAGAACAGUGCCAAAGUCUUACACAUGGCAGUGCGGGACUUAGUCAGGUCGGUCUUUCUGUGUGACAUGUCUGUGUUUGACGCGUACAUGCCUUGGAAGAGAAACUUAUCCGAUCUUUUCCAGUGGGCAGCAAGUCGGGCUCUGUGUUCAGCUCCUGCUUGUGACUUUUUUCAACGUACCGACAUAACCAGUGAAUUGGCAUGCAAGACCCUUUGUGGACGGUAUCCAUUCAGCAAGGUGGAGGAAGCCUGUAAAACUUACAGCCACGUUGUCAUCAAGGAAGUUCGGUUCUUUGACUUGAAGGUCCUAUACCCCCUUCUCACUGAUCCAUCCCUGAAUCUCAAAAUUAUUCACCUGGUCCGUGACCCCAGGGCAGUUGUUAAGUCACGGGAACAAUCAGUCAAAGCGUUAGCCCGUGACAAUGGAAUUGUCUUGAGUACCAAUGGCACUAAAGUGGAAGAUAGCAAAUACAAAGUAAUGCAAGAGGUUUGCAGAAGUCAUGUUCAGAUUUAUGAAACAGCUACUCUAAAACCACCUAAUUUCCUGAAAGAUCGCUAUUUAAUGGUCCGUUUUGAAGAUCUGGUAAGAGAACCAUUAUCAGAAAUCUCAGAAAUGUAUAAAUUUGCAGAUCUUAGUUUGACUCCCAGGCUCAAAAGCUGGAUCUAUAAUAUCACACAUGGACAGGGACCGGGGAAAAAAAAAGAAGCCUUCAAAAUAACAUCUCGAGAUGCAGUUAGUGUUUCACAGGCCUGGAGAAAUGUUCUUUCCUUUCAGAAAGUUAAGAGAAUACAGGAAGUUUGCAAAGGUGCUAUAAACAUUCUUGGUUAUCAGCUGGUGGAUUCAGAAAAAGAACAAAGAGAUCUGACAUUGGAUUUGGUGUUGCCAAGGCGACAAAAUCAAUUCAGUUGGUCAUCAUUUAAUCCAAAACACUGAGAUAUUUUUGAGAGAUCUGGGAGGUGGGGAGGGCUAGUUGUUUGAAUAUUUCUCUACUGUGCAGCAUAUAGUAGUUGGAAAAUCCUUGGCUGAUGACUUUAUGUUUUCCUCUACUCCUACUUCUGCUAAUGUAAGAAGGUUUUUUUACAUUACAAAAAAGACAGCAAAGUUCUUGUCAGCCCAUUACUGUGCUGCUCACAACAUUGUCCUAAGAAUAUAAUUUAAGCACCUUCUAUUAAAAGAUGGAUUAUCAAAGAUGUCUUUGUUUACUGAUAAUAGUUCAAAUAUUUUUUUUAUGCUUUAAUUAUUUAAGGAUUAAAGUUUGUUAUUUGUAUAUACAGAACAAAGUAGAUUAACCAAAUUUCUUCACUUGGCUUUCUUCUUUAAAGUUGUCGUGCAGUUGUGUAUUUUUUUUUAGACUUUUGAUAUUUUAAAUUUUAACGUGUAACUUUUCCAAAAGGUAGGGCAUCUGCAGCAGCUGUGUUGUAAAAGGCUUAAAUAGGAACUUCAUUUAUUGAUAGAUUUCAUAGUGGUUUCCUUGGAAUGGCAAUGUUUACAAUUCAAUGUGAUGUUUGUUUGGAGUGCAAAAACCAAAGAAAUGAAGGAACUUUCGGUGUAAUUACAGUGGAAAUAGCGUUUCAAUGCUGUCCCAACUGUGUUCUGAUAUCGUGACACAGAGUAAGUGCACACUUGCUCCUGCCGCGCAAUCCAUACCGUUAUACUCUCUUCAGAGCUACAAGUUAUUAAUGAGGAUCACUGAGAAAUUUAGAAUGCCCUGAAAAUUUGCGUGUCGAUUUUUCUGCUGCAUGGAAGUGAUCGGUUCAACCAACUUUAAUAGCAGAGACAGAUGCUCGCGUACGGUUAACAUUCGGCGCCGCGUCCGAGAAACCCAGAUGUUCUCAGAGCCGAAGCAGAUUGAUUUGGUUCUGGUGCACUGAAACAGGAUCCAAACCUUGGAAACUUUCUACUUGUCCUUAGGCUGGAAAAUAUUGCUGUGUAGCACUUGUUCCCUUGUACCUGCAGUUCACUGUGGGAAAGAUUUCUUUUAGUGAGCAAACGUUGUCGUGACUGGUGCAGCAAAAAGCAGAAUUCCUGGUAAUAUCAGCUUGGAGAGAACGCGAGUACUAGCCAAAACCUCACUGUGUUCCAGUGCAAUGCCGCUGCGGGAGGAAAGGGAAUGAGGUGCAAAGCCCUGAGCAGAGAAGUGGGAAAUGGGAGGUGAGGAAGAGUCGGGCUAAGGAUGGAUUUAAACUGGCUGAGUGUUAGCGCAGGAAGAGACAUUUGUCAUCCAGAUUGCCAAAAUGAAGACCUGUAAAAUCCUAGCUCUGCUUUGUCUUUAAUAUUGUUCUACUUUGUAUUUAUGUCAUCACAAAAAGCAAGGAAACAAUAAAUGUCACUAUUUCUCAGUA